AUGCGCCAUGAGUCUAGCGGGGUCGAGUUCGUUCUGGCGUCCCUCUCCCCUUGUGUUGCCAUCUCCACCCUUCACCUUGCGCCAUACUUCGGAUCGAUACCAGACGAAUACAACCCACACGCCGCAAAGAUGACCGCCAACGGCACCGCCCCUGCCGAGACUGACCCGGCCGUCUAUGCCGAGUACAAGGACAAGUGGGCCGCCCUGCCCGAGGACGAGGCGGGCUGGCUCCAGCGCGCAAGGGACGUCGGAGCCGUGCUCGACGUCGAUGCUGCCCAGCGCGAAAAGGCAAACAAGAGCCCCAAGGCCGAGAUUGCCCUUCUCAAGCAUGCCGGCCUCCUCAAGGCUCUCGGCCCGAAGAAGUACGGUGGCGGCGAGCAACCGCUGAGUGUGGGCUCCAUUGGAAUGCUCCUCGGCUAUCAUCUCCUCUGGUCCCUGACCGCUAGCAUCGUCGGCACCACCGAGCAGGCCGACAAGUGGCAGGAGAUCAUCAUCUCCAACAACUAUUUUGUCGGCGGAGCUGUCAACCCGCGCGACGGUGAUCUCACCAUUGCCCAGGAUGGCGAUAACCUAGUAUUCAACGGCUUCAAGAACUUUAGCACCGGCGGCGUCAUCUCUGACCUCACGGUGCUCGAGGGCGUCCUCGACGGCACGGAGAACCACAUCUUUGCCUUUGUCAAGUCCGAUCAGCCCGGCAUCCAGUUCCAGCGCAACUGGGACAACAUCGGACUGAGGUUGACCGAGUCCGGCAGCGUCAAGAUUGAGAACGUCACUGCGCCGUGGGCCGACGCGCUCGGCUGGGAUAUCGAGAAGAAGGAGCCCGACCUUGCCUUCCUCGGCAUUCCCUUUGCUAGCCUUUUGCUCCCUACAAUUCAGCUCGUCUUUGCCAACUUCUACCUUGGCAUCGCCCAGGGUGCGCUAGCCACCGCAUCCAAAUACACCGUCGCCACCACCCGCGCAUGGCCCUACGGCGGUGAGAACAAGCAAAAGGGAACAGACGAGUUCUACGUCCUCAGCAACUACGGCAACUUCCACGCCCACGUCCGUGCGGCCGAAGCCCUCGCCGACCAGGCCGGCCGGGAGAUCGACGCCGUCUACGCCAAGGGCACCCCCGACCGCUCCAAGGUCGAGGCCCAGGACCGCGGCCUCCUUGCCGAGACAGUCGCCAGCCUCAAGGUCGUCACCACGGACACGGGCCUGCGCGUCACCGCGGGCGUGUUCGAGGUCACGGGCGCCAGGACCACGGCCAGCAAGUACGGCCUCGACCGCUUCUGGAGGGAUAUACGUACGCACACGCUCCACGACCCCGUCGCGUACAAGAACAAGGAGCUGGGCCGGUUCCAGCUCCUGGGUGAGGUGCCUGAGCCUACCUGGUACACUUAA